AUGGCGGCUAUUCACGGAGUCGAGCGCCAGGUUAGCUUUCAGGACCAUAUCACAUCCGUCAACGGCACGAAGACGGCAAACUGGACGCCGGAUUCUUGGAGAAGCAAGCCAAUAGCACAACCUGUCAACUACGAAGAUGAUGCUCUGGUUGAGACAGCACUCGCCAAACUCAAGCAUGUACCACCGCUCGUCACCUCGACGGAAAUCUGGACGCUGAGGAGAGCGCUGAAGAAUGUGGCCCUAGGCAAGGCCUUCCUACUCCAAGGCGGUGACUGUGCAGAGCGUUUCGACUACUGCCACGACGAUACGAUCGAUGGGAAGAUCAGAUUACUUCUUCAGAUGUCACUCGUUCUCAUCUGGGGCGGUAACAAGCCUCUGGUCCGCAUAGCCCGAAUGGCAGGUCAGUACGCCAAGCCCAGAAGCAAGCCAACAGAGACCUUCGAAGGGAAGGAGAUUCCAAGUUACAGAGGCGACAUCCUGAACGGCUACCCUCCAGACGGUCGUACGAUUGAUCCUGAUCGACUUGUGCAAGCCUACUUCCAUUCUGCGGCGACAUUGAACUAUGUUCGUGCACAGCUUGCUUCCGGAAUUGCCGAUUUGCACAACCCGAUGGACUGGGGUUUGGGUCAUGUCACAGAUCCUGCAUUGCUGGCAAAGUACACUGGCAUUGUCGAGAGUAUCUCUGGGAGCUUACGCUUCAUGAAGACCGUUGGUGCAGACACGUCCAGUCAGCUACAAAGCGUCGACCUUUUCACCAGCCACGAGGCGCUUCUACUGGCGUACGAAGAGGGUCUGACGAGAAAGCUGAAGCACCCCAAAAACCGUGAUGUACCUCCCAUACGACGAAGCUUUGCGCAGGCCAACGGAGCGUCCAUCGCUAAGGGCGGCUUUGUUCCUUCAGAGAUCCCUCCUGCAGAAGACACCGGCUACUACAACACCAGUGCACACUUCAUCUGGAUAGGUGACCGCACCAGACAAGUCGACCAUGCACAUCUCGAAUACGCUCGAGGGGUCGAGAACCCGAUCGGCAUCAAAGUUGGACCAACUACUGCAGAAGGUGACCUCGUCCAGAUCCUAGACCUCGUCAAUCCACGCAAGGAAAUCGGCAAAGUCACGCUCAUCACGCGCUAUGGCAAGGACAAGAUCAACGACAUGCUGCCCAAGCACAUUGAAGCAGUCCGUAAGACAGGACAUGUGGUCGUGUGGCAAUGCGACCCAAUGCACGGCAACACUCGUUCGACAGAGGAGGGUAUCAAGACUCGAUCGUUCCAGCACAUAUUUGAAGAGCUUUCGGCAGCGCUUCGCAUCCAUACCGAAUGCGAUUCGUACCUUGGUGGUGUACAUCUCGAAUUGACCGCUGAUGCUGUCACGGAGUGCACGGGUGGAAGUGAAGGACUUCAGGAUAAGGACUUGAGCCAGGCGUACCACACUUACUGCGAUCCACGGCUGAAUGAGAAGCAAGCGCUUGAGCUUGCAUUCCUCGUUGCAGACAGUCAGCAGCAGAUGGCCUCGCCUAGCCUGCAGCCUAUCAAUGGGACGCAUAGGAGCUCUAUGGGCGAUGAAUAG